AUGUCUUCACUUCAGAAGUGGACGCUCUCCGAGCCGUACAUAUCAGUUUCCGGGUCUUUACUCGAAGGACCGUUUUACGACAAGAGUAGGAAUGAAUUCCGCUUCGUCGACAUCUGGGAACAGAAGUUGUACUCUUUCGAUCUUACGAAAGGCCCCGAGUCUUUGACGACCGCUAAUACAUCAGAAUCCAUAGGGGUGACCGCAAAUAUAGCGAAUGCAAGCGAGAACCAGAAGGAUCAGAUAGUUGCAGCCGCUAAAUACGGAUUUGCUCUCGUAAACCGGAAAACAGGCGAGUUAUCAUACAUCGCCCGUCCUUGGGAUCACCCAGACAAGCUCCACAGAAUGCGCUUCAACGAUGGAGCAGUGGACAGCAGAGGCCGCCUUUGGGCUGGGGCAAUGAACGACCCCAAGGUUCAGAGCCCGGUCAAUGAAGGCGUCCUUUUCCGGUUGGACCCAGACCUGAAACUGAACCGCAUGAUUGAGGAAUUGACGAUACCAAAUGGCAUUGGCUGGAAUGAUACCAACGAUACUAUGUAUUUGACAGACUCUCCAACUGGUAGGAUCUUUGCAUUCGACUUUGACGAGAGCACCGGGGACAUCAGUAACAGAAGAGUCCAUUUCGACAUCGGGGAGCCGAAGGAGCCUGACGGUUUUGCUAUCGAUGUUGAAGGGUGUAUUUGGAGUGCUGUCUACGGUGGUGGCAAGGUUAUCCGCAUUUCACCUGAAGGGAAAGUCAUCGGCGAAAUAUUGCUUCCCACUCGAAACAUUACCUGUCCAGCGUUCGUGGGCACGGAGCUCUUCAUCACGACCGCCAAGGAUGAUACCAACGACGAGCAGUUCCCAGAGUCGAUUAGCUAUGGAGGACACCUUUAUAGGGUUGAUGUUGGAGUCCAGGGCCAGUCGAGACACGAGUUCCGCAUCAAUCCAUGA